AUCAACCAGAAAAAUUAUGAUUAAUAGUCAAUGGAAUUUAAGUUGAGCCAAUCAUCGCUUCCAAGAACCUUAGUAGUAAUAAGAUCUUCUGUGUUAGUAAAAGUUAGCAGAAAAGUUUCUAAUCACAAGAACUUUCAUUUGCAUGCUCAGAGAUGGAGGUGUCAAAUACGGGGGAUGUCUUCAAAGGGUCGGCACUCAAUGCUUAAACAUGUGGUCAAAGAAGGUGAAACUUUGACUUCCAUUUCAAAGCUAUAUGGGGUAGCCAUUUAUGAAAUUGCUGCUGCUAAUAAGGACAUUGUUGAUGUUGACCUUGUUUUUGAGGGCCAACAUCUGAACAUUCCCUUAUCCACUGCAGUACCUUUGCAAAUGCAAAAGAGUGAGCGAGCCCUAUCAUCUGACCCUUCUCUUGAUGAAAGAACUUCAAGACUGGAAUUGUUUAGUAGCUGCUUGAACCAGAAAAUGUUCAGUUUCUUGUCCGUUCAUAAUUUAUCCUAUGCUAAAAGCACUGGUUAUUUUCUAGUUCUGGUUCCCCUGAUAGCCUUUUGCAUCAGAUGCAUAAUUGGUGCCUUAUGCAAUAGAGUUGCUGGAGAUAUGAAACAUAAUGUAAAUGAAUCAGAAGAGCAUCACCAUGGAUCUAAAAGAAUCAGGUGGAAAUUUGCUCUUCAGCAUUUGAAGGAUCCAGAUGCACUGGAUACUGGCACAAGACCCGACUAUGAUGCAAGUACCUGAUUGAGUUGAACUUAUGAUGUCGAAUCUUGUACUUUCCUCCAAUUGAUUCUUCAGCAUACU